AUGGAUGAGGGGUUGCUUCAAUCUGUCUAUUGGAUUGACUUCAGCCGAACCGAGGAUGAUUGUAUGACAGCGGUCGACCAGACAACAUGUCUCGAAGGCAGCGACAGCAUGGUUGAGAUAGAAGGGGAUGCGAGCCCCUAUUUGCCAUGGAGGGAUGAUCAGACUCCAGAGGAUUUUUUCGACAUCGAAGCAUAUUCAUUUGACAUGCAGUCAGAAUCAUCGGAACAUGUACAAGGCCACACAUAUUGUCAGUCGCUGUCAUCUACGAACACCGAAGACGUACAGAAAGAAGGAAUGCACCACUCAUCGCCCAUGCUGGAACGAGAUAGCACAGAGUUUGGCGACGUCCUCGACAUGAACGACAUCAUGGCUUCGUCCUCCAAAAGCAGUGACGACCAUAUGGCAGAGUUCACAUCAUGUCUAAGCCCAGGUACUGGCUCGAAUUUUGUCGGCAACGACUUUUGUGUCGACUGUUCUCAGGGCUGUUCGAAUUAUGACGGAAACGGAGAGCUUCAACGGUCAAAAAACAUUGUCACCCCUACCAAGAGGGGUACCGACAACGUAACUGACGAGACCUUGUCGGAAAAUGAUAGGCCAAAGCGACGGAAGACUACCUUCGAGAACAAGCCAAAGAACAAGACAAAAAAUUGGGCUUGGAACAAAGUUUAUAUUCACCUGGAAAUGAUAGAGUUCAUGGUGGAUGGCUCCCAAGAACACUUUCACUGGAAAACUCGAAGCCGGCGGUGGUCUAGCGGGAAUGGUGCGCUUCGGACUCUGGAAGACCUUGGGAGCUACGUAUUGGCACGCCUACCCUGGGUCUCCGUUUGGGUGCGGCCACGUGGAGAUGGGUUUCCUGUACAGGUGUUUUGGGAUGAAAAUGAGCACAAUUACGUCGGACGUAAUGGGAUGUGUAGGAAGUCCCUGCGUAUCAGCUAUGCAGAGAUGGCGAGGUUACUCAUGUGUCCUCACGAAAGCUUCUUUAUCAGUGAAAGUUAA